UUGUUUUUGCGUUUUAGGUGAAAGUUAUCACCUUAUCACGGAGCGAAACCCCGAUGAGGCACACCCGCGGCAAAACAGCAACGCUUCAGAACGAUCAGUUUCUAAAGUGUUCUUGUCAAGUACGGUUAUUUGUUGUGUUGAUCUUCGAAUUUCGAUCAUGCUUAGCUGGAAGAGAUAUUUGUUUGUCGUGCUGGCGGUGAUGCUGUUGGUACAAUUGGACACUGCUGCAUCGUCUCCGUUCAACGAUUUACAACCAACUGGACGACCCGCUACUACGGGUCAGACGUUAAAGAAUAUUCUGCAGCGUGCCAUCGGUGAUAAUUCUUCCGACGAAAGUAAAGCAAGCUCCGGAAGCAGCGAGGAAGGGUUCCGGCACUUGAGAAGAAAGACCAGUCCAAGUCCGGCUAAUUAGCAUCACGCGUUGGCUUUUGGGAAGUUGCUCCACUGAUGCCAGAUGGUAAGCAAUGAGGAUGAUACAACCAACACAAACUGAUGAGCACCAUUAUCUCCGAGCCAGGCGAUAUUCAAACGUUACUAUAGUGCAACAAAGCAUUGUGCUCGAGGUAAGCGCAAUUUGCAAAUUACGUCCCAUUUUCCCUACUGUGCCCUUUGGUAAAGUUGGAUGAAACCUUCCACACCGUAAACGGUGGGGGUCUCUCUUCAUUCCGUGUGGCACUACCAAGUGAAUAAAUAUGCUCGAACGUUGGGCGUUCUCGUUUUUGGUUGUAACAAUACUGUUUGGUUCCGUUUAUCGUUGCGAUGGUAAGAAGAGUGGUGCAUACAGCUUCACUAUCUCACGAUUGAUUCCUCCUUUGGGGUGGUCCGAAAACAAAAAACCCCAAAAAGGUUCUUCGGAAAUUCGUACCGUAGGUAACGUGCGUGUUGAAGUAUCGCAGUCGGACUUACCGUACAUCUGCUCCGUACGGCAUCAAACCGUCCAUCGUUGCAGUGCAACCAUAUUGAAUCCGAACUGGUUGUUAACUUCCGGCCACUGUAUUAUCGAUCUCCCCGUCGAUGCAAUUGCAAUUGUUUGUGGCAUUCGUAUGUAUCGCACCGUGCAGGAGUUUGUGCCGCAUCCCGAUUUUGACGCUACAAGAUGGACGGGACACGAUCUGGCACUGGUAAGACAAGGAGAAGGGCGCUUUCUUCGUGUUUAAAGUUGGCUUUGGUGUGUGCAUUUGUUAUAGCUCCGGAUGCGGAAAGCACUCAACUUUACGAGUAACGUACAGCCAAUUCCAUUGAACGAUGGUUCGGUAGUACGCGUGGCCGAGACGGCCACCAUCGUAGGUUAUGACCGGUUCCGUUCGGGAGAUGAAAGUGGUUUGAUUUGGGCGUGGAAUCCAACGCUCCAGGUACGUUAAUUCGAAGUUGAAAGAAAAAUCGUAGGAUCAUUAAGAAUUUAAACAAAUUUUUAAGAAAAAAGGUAGUAAAGAGAUUGGUUGAAGCGUUAGUGUUCCAACACCUUGGGAGGGUUUAUAAGGAUAAAAACUUAUUGAAAGAAACAUUUCAAAGAAGAUCCAUUUCGAGAGACACUCUCCAACAUUAUGUGAGUAAUAAAAAGUCAACUUAUUCUAUGGAACAGAUGGCCAAUGUAUCGAUACUAUCGUCAGGUGAGUGUCAGCAACGUCUAGGACCAAUCCUGUCCACCUAUCUGACAGACGUAAACAUCUGCACUGAUAACGCCAAAUCAACGCUUCCAACGAUAGACGGUACGUCAAUGUGUCUCGCUGAUUCGGGUGCACCGUUAAUGAUUGCUACCGAAUUGCAACCCUACACACUGUUUGCCAUUCCCUCCUGGACACCCUGGACGCCCUGUGGAACGGGCCCAUCCGUACACGUUCGUGUUGCGCCUCAUCUCGAUUGGAUUCUAACGGUUAUCGGUGUCAAUUAAUGUCCGAUUAAAAUAAAACCUUCGUAGAAUAUGUAUAUCUCCAAGCGCCUAAGUCUGGACUACUACUACCCACGAACACCCACUGCUGGAGAUAAGAUAAAUUGAAAGCCAACAAAAAUACAAACACUUGACGCAAUAAUCCACCAAACGUUCAGGGCCCUAGCCUCCGGGGUGGGCUAUUCAAAAUGCAUUGAAUCAUUAGCAAAAAUGAAGUCAAUUACUUUGGGCGUUUUGUGGGCGGUUACGUUUUUCUUUGCCAUCGGUGCUGCUGCUCCCGAACGUAGGAUCUUUGGUGGCACGGAUGCGUUCACAGGUGAGCUACCGUACCAGGUGUCCAUACAGCGUGCCUUUUUGACCGCACGGACACACAUCUGCGGUGGUACGAUUCUUAACCCACUGCACGUACUGACGGCAGCGUCCUGCUUUUGGACCGAUUCGUCGUCACGCUUCGAAAUCGUGGCCGGAAAUCUACGCAUCGACCGGCCGGCCGAUACACAGCAAGUGCUCGGCAUCUUCUGGAUACGAAUGCACCCGGGAUUUACCGGUGGAACUAGCUCGUUCGAUGCAGCUGUGGUCCGUACCUCGUCCGCGUUCUUCUUCACCGAUCUAAUACGCCCGGUAACGCUACCACCGUUCGAUGAGCUCCCGACCGGAUUGGUGCGUGUUGGUGGUUGGGGAUCGACCAGCAACAGCAUUCUGCCGGGGAACAAUUUCGCCGACGUGCUGCAGAAAAUCAACGUACUAAUUGUGCCGUGGAACGAAUGUCUUAGUGUGCUCGGUGGACCGGGCGGUCCGUUCGACGAGCGUAACAUCUGUACCGGGCCGCUUAGUGGUGGCAUCUCGACCUGUACCGGUGAUGCGGGCGGUGGUGCGGUACAACAUCUCGGGAACGAUGUGUUCCUGCAGGUUGGCAUCAUUACGUGGAAUGUAUUGCCGUGCGGUGGGAUUAACACUCCAUCCAUCUAUACCCGUGUGUCGGCCUUUACCGACUGGAUAGAGGCCAACGCUGCCUUGUAGGUGUGGGAAGAUGCAAACGAACGAGGAUAACGUUUAUGGCAUUCAGUUUGACAUUUGUUUCUCGCUUCUGUCGGAGUUAUGAAUAAAGGAAUGGUUUCAAUUA